GCAUGGGCGGGGCUUGAAAUGUCUGUAUCCGGAGUUGAGGUUCAAAGGCUAACUAGAAAGCGAAGUUUGGAAUGUUAAAGAGCCAAAUCUUGGAGAAGCAACCUCCAGCGUGUGCCUAGGGUGGUAUUAGCCAAAGCAAGCCGCGCCCCGGCCUUGGAAGCGGGGCAAGAUGGCGGACGCCGAAGAUCUUGUUUUGCAGCCGGCAGUCGCUUCCUCUGCCCCAAUUUCAUUUGGUUUCACUCGCACGUCAGCCCGGAGGCGACUGGCAGACCUAGGAGAUGGCGUGGGGCCGACACCAGAAGACAAAGAUUUCUUGAAGACCGUGGAAGGAAGAGAACUGCAGAGUGUGAAGCCCUCAGAAGCCCCCAAGGAGCUCGUUAUUCCAUUGAUCCAGAAUGGUUUUCGCAGGCAACCACCUGCCCAGCCCCCAGGACCAUCCACACAAACUGAGCCCUUGGUGGAUGGGAUGCUGUCCCAGGCAGUGAAGGAGAUAAUUGAGGAAUCCAAGAAGUCUCUGGAAGAGAGAGAGAAUGCGGGUGUCAACCCCACGCUUGCUAUCCCUAUGAUCCCGAAAGGAUGCAUUCCCAACAGGGAAGGGGAAGACAGCGAACCCCAGGCUGAGACAGUACCAGAGGAGGCUGAUUAUGAGGCAGUCCCUGUGGAGGCCUAUGGGCUGGCCAUGCUGCGGGGCAUGGGCUGGAAACCUGGCGAGGGCAUCGGCCGCACCUUCAAUCAAGUAGUAAAGCCACGCGUCAACUCACUGAGGCCCAAGGGGCUAGGGCUGGGUGCCAACCUGACCGAGACCCAGGCCUUGGCCCCCACCGGCUCCUCCCGUCUCUCAAAGCCAGAUGGGGAGCCAGAGAAGGAUAAGGAGGACCAGCCUCAGGGACUGGUGCCUGGAGGAACCGUGGUGGUCCUUUCUGGCCCUCAUCGAGGCCUCUAUGGGAAGGUGGAAGGCCUCGAUCCUGAUAACGUGAGGGCCAUGGUUCGUCUGGCUGUGGGGAGCCGCAUGGUGACCGUUAGUGAGUACUACCUGCGGCCUGUUUCCCAGCAGGAGUUUGACAAGAACUCCUCGGAUCUCAACCAGAUGAGCAAAGCUUCCCUAAGACAACAGAAUGGAGCAGCCCUGUCAUGGAAGGGUGUCCGUAAUCAAGACCUCCAUGUCCGGUGGGAGGACUCUGAGAAGAAGCGGAAACACUUUCCAGAUCGACAGGAUGGGCCUGCAGCCAAAACUGAGAAAGCAGCCCCCAGGAGUCAGCACUGGCUGCACAGGGACCUGCGCGUGCGAUUUGUGGACAAGCUGCACAAAGGUGGCCGGUAUUACAACAGCAAGAUGACCAUUGAAGAUGUCCUGAGCCCAGACACCUGUGUAUGCCGGACAGAUGAAGGCCAAAUCCUGGAAGGCCUGAGGGAAGACAUGCUGGAGACCCUAGUACCCAAGGCAGAGGGCACCCGUGUGAUGGUGGUACUGGGCCCACAGGCUGGAAGGGUGGGACAUCUGCUGCGCCGCGACAGAGCACGGAGCCAGGCUUUGGUGCAACUGCAGAGAGAGAAUCAGUUGGUGGAGCUUCACUAUGAUGCCAUCUGCCAGUACGUGGGCCCUGGUGAUGCAGAUGAAGACUGAGCCAUGGCACCACUCCCAUCCCCCAGGCUGUGACCUAUCCUUGGACAGGAUGAAAAAGUUGCCUUUGAGAAGGUGGGAAGACCAUUGUUCUGUCCUCCACUUGCAGUGCUGUCCUAGGACGGACAGGGAAAUGGAUAAAUGGACCAUACGGGAAGCUAGAAACAAACCCAGUAGUUACCAGCAUGUAGUGUGUAAUAAAAACUAUUUGAAUACUUAG